CACGAGAGCAGGUGCAGCGAGGCGCCGGGCAGGGGCGGCGGUUAGACCGCGCGGCCCACCUGGCGGCGGGGGCCCAGGGAUGCCGCGGCUCCCCUGCGUGCGUCUGCUGUGCCUGGGACUCCUGUUAGUUCGGUUCUCCCGGGAGCUGAGCGACAUCAGCAAAGCUAGGAGGCUGUGCGGCAGGCACCUCCUGAAGGAAAUAAUAAAACUCUGUGGCAAUGUCAAUUGGAGCUACUUCGAGGAGGAGACCCCUGUGCCACCGCUGUUUCCCCAGGACAACGAGAUUGAAACCUUCAUCCCGGACCGGUCGGAAAGCUCCCAAAGCACUUUCCCGGCUUGGGCGAGAGGCACAAGCCCAGUCUCUACUUCUGCCUAUGAGGAAGAAGCAGUAAGCAGUUUGGAGAUGCCAUCUCUGCCUGAGUAUAGAUAUAAAAGGGCCAACUUGCCACCUGAUAAGACAAGAGAAUUUUCCUCAUCACAAGAUAUCAAUCAGUAUAUUCAUGAAAUUUCAGAAUUUCAGAAGAAAAGUACAAACAAAAUUAAAACCUUAAGCAAUAUGUUUUGGGGGAAUCAUCCCCAAAGAAAACGCAGAGGAUAUUCAGAAAAGUGUUGUCUUACAGGAUGUACAGUAGAAGAACUGAGUAUUGCAUGCUUCCCAUAUACUGAAUACAAAAACUUACAGAAACAAGUACCAUCAUUUGUGACUAAGAUACACUAACCAUCAGAGGAAUUAUACUAACUUAAUAAAAGCUUAAUAUAUUUAGUUUAUUUUUGGUAAUUGUCCUUCUAGGUUCUUUGCUGUGAACACCAUCUAAAAGUAUGUGCAGGCACUUAACAAUACUUUGUGGUAGUAGUAGGAAUCUUAGUAUUUUCUUUGGUAACCCCAAUUUUUCAUAUAUUUUUUAUAUUUCAAGAAGAUGUUGCUAGAGGAGGCACGAUCCAUGUAAACAUCUAAGAGUUACCUAUUGAUGCUUGUCGUUAUGUUUGAAACUCUCUCAGGCUGCAUCUGAAUGGACUAUGGUGUGUUCUGCGCUUCAUCUACAUGACAUACAGACUGCUGCCCCGUAACUAUGUUACGGGUGAACUAUGUUCACUCCAGUAUGCCAAUACAUCUGUCCCACUGUCUUAAAAAUAACUAACCAACUACCACUUCUAGCAGGAGCCCUUAUACUGUAAUAGUAGGUUCUAUUUGUUUAAGAGAGAGAGCGAGCCAAGGGAGUAGCAGAGGGAGAAGGAGAAGCAGCCUGGCAAGUGGUUCAAUCCCAGGAUUCUGGUGCCCAUCCAGGCGCCCCUAAUGCCUAUCUUUUAAUAUAAUUGUGCUAAUAAUGAUUUUGUGCAUUUGGAUAGAACUGAUUCACAUUUUUCUUAUGGACUCCUCAGAACAAUCCAGACGCAGGAAAAAAAUUUAAGAAAGCUGAUAUACUUUGAUAUUAAGCAACUUAUUGCAGCUUCUUUAUGUUCAGUUACUUGCUAGUUUGUGGUAGAGCUGGAUCAGGAUUUUAAUCCUAGCAUCUUGUUCAAUAAUCCUGAUGUCAAUAAAACACGAGCAGAAAUCAUCCACA